UCACAACAGAAAAGCAUCCAGUACCAUUCCCCCCAAACAAUUUCUUCAAGAAGAUUGGUCAACACACUGAGAAAGUUAAAAGAGAAAAGAUGAAGAGUGACUCAGUCGCUGUUGAUGUCCCUGCAGAGUCUAGCUCAGCCAUCAAAGGCAAAGCUCCACUCCUUGGUUUAGCCAGAGACCACACUGGCUCUGUAGGUUACAAGAGAGGCCUUUCCAUUUUCGAUUUCCUUCUCCGUUUAGCUGCCAUUGUAGCUGCCUUAGCUGCAGCUGCCACAAUGGGGACUAGUGACGAGACUCUCCCUUUCUUCACUCAAUUUCUACAGUUCGAAGCUAGCUACGACGAUCUUCCAACUUUCCAGUUCUUUGUGGUUGCCAUUGCAAUAGUCGCAGGUUACCUUGUCCUGUCUCUUCCCUUCUCAGUCAUCACGAUUGUUCGUCCUCUAGCCGUUGCUCCGAGACUCCUCUUGCUUGUUCUUGACACUGCGGCUCUGGCUCUGGACACUGCGGCUGCUUCUGCGGCAGCGGCUAUAGUGUAUUUGGCACACAAUGGGAAUACGAACACAAACUGGCUUCCAAUCUGCCAACAGUUUGGAGAUUUCUGUCAGAAAACGAGCGGAGCUGUCGUCUCUGCCUUUGCCUCUGUCACGUUUUUAGCCAUCCUUGUCGUUAUCUCCGGAGUCUCUCUCAAACGACCCUAAGUCAACGAAUACAGACUCUUUGAGAGCAAGAAGAAGCAUUGCCAACGGUUUAAUUAGUAUUUGUGUGAAAUGUUUAUAUGGAAGAAGCUUAUAUUUUGUAUUUGUGUGCUCUUGGUGACUCUAUUUUGUGUUUUGUAUUGAUCUUUGGAAAGACGAAAAAUUAAUGGAAGUUAAUUGU